AUGAAGACGGUCGUCAAAUCUGUUCUGCGAAAUUUACACGAUCUAAAGAUUGAAAAAGAUUUCAACAGAAAACUCCAACCUUGGCUUCCAAGCACAAGAAAAUCCUACACCCGAAAAAGCGAAGCCGCCCAGUGUUUCUGCGAAAAGGAGAAAGAUCGUCUCACAUCAUACUACACAAAAAGCACCGUCAAGAAGCUCGACGAAAUCAAGCCACUUCGAGAUGAAGAUUUUAAAAAGUACAAAGCUGCCAACUACUUUCAAUUUUAUGAUGCGCCACUGUUGCUUUCUAAUGCAAAUAGUAACAUACAGUACGUUUCAUCUGGCUAUGAAAUUGAACCGUUUGAGAAUUUUAUUCCAUACAUUCGCGUUUUUGGAGAAAAAGAGGAACGAUAUCAAUUCAAAAUCAGCUCAAUUUACGGUUCUUUUACAAGUUCUGCUCCUUUGAAAACGAUUGCGUACCCGGAAAACAUGCUGAUUCUUGAGCAAGAUGUUUCAGAAAAAAACGCGAAUGAAAUUCUCAAAGGAAUUCGAUACUUUCCUGAGUAUUAUGAUGCCCGACCAAUAACUGAUCUGAUAACUUUCACCUUGACAUCGAGCACAAAAAAUGAAGAGAUCAAAAUACCAGUUCGGAUCCGAAGAAAACCACUGCCAAUUCUACAAUACCGCGAUUCAAAUGAGCUAAAUAGGAUGAUAACGAUUGUCACCAAGACGAUUUUUCGAUACAACUGCUUGCAUUCACUUCUUCUCUCAAUCAAGAAAUAUUUUCCAAAAAUGAUCGUCAUCGUCGCAGACGACAAUCCCACCGAAGUCUACAAGACAAUAGACACCAAUGAAUUCCCAACAGUCAAGCAAUACAAAAUGCCAGCUGAAGAGGGCUGGUUCGCUGGCCGAGCACUGGCGAUCUCUCAAGUCCGGACACCUUAUUUUGUUUGGGUCGAUGAUGACACUCAAUUCAACAGUGAAACAAAACUAGCCGAAAUGAUGAAGAUCGCGGAGAAGACUGGUUAUGAUAUCAUUGGUGGUGGACUUGGGAGCAAGACGAGAAGAGAUUGGCAGCGAUUUGAUAGAUUCAAUGUCCCAUACAGCGAAAAAGGAUAUUGUUACAAUCGAAUUCGCCCUACUUAUGAGAUUCCACUUACAGGUUACGAAGGAAAAUGCUUUGUUGUUGAUGUUACGGCGAAUUUUUAUCUUGCAAGAACCUCGACAGCCGGAGCGAUAAGAAUGGAUCCACAAUUUGAACAGAAAGCACAUCGAGAAUUCUUUAUAGAUGCAAUUGGAAAGCUGAGGAUAGCCUACUGCAAUACCUUCGUAGUUGGCCACAGAAGUGAAGCCUACCCAUCAAAAUGCGUCGAUAACGACAAAACUGAAUAUACAAGUCGACGAUUUCCGAUGGGGAAAAGCAAAAUUGAUCUUCACAACCGGAUUGACGAGCUUUGGUUCUAUCGCAACAAUUUAAAGUGCUAUAAAGACGCUCUUUUCUGA